CCCUUGUUCCCAAAACCCACCACGAGCCUCAGUGUCUAGCCAAAAGCGUAGAGAUGGCUCACAGAGGCCGUUUAUUUGAUGGCCUAUGCAGGACGUCGCUCCGCCCCCUGUGUUUGUCGUAAACCUGGCUCCUGGCUACAAUAAACCCGAGCUAUGAGCACCCAGGGCUCGCCUCCUUCUCCAAGGCGAUCAAUCGGAUCGCAGGCGUACUACAAGCACUCUCUUACGUAGCCAUCCACAAGGAGAGAGCUGAUACAACAACACGGUUGAUCUGCUCAACAAAAUCUACCUGCUUUCUGAACCAUGUCGUUGAGCCCAAAACAUACAACGCCUUUCUCAGUGAGUGAUAUUUUGAGUCCUAUCGAGGAGACCUACAAGAAGUUUAGUGCCAUGGACGGCGCAGGGAACCUAACCUCUCCACUGGGAGCUUACCGACAGCCUCAGGUGUCCCAGACUGGCAUGCAACAGCACUCCAUGGGCCACAACGCCACCGUGGCGACCACCUACCAUAUGCCACACACUGUCUCCCAGUUCUCGCACAGCGCCAUGGGGGGAUACUGCAAUGGGAGCAUUGGCAACAUGGGAGACCUUCCGUCGUACCAGGAAACCAUGAGAAAUAGCGCAACAGCCACAGGGUGGUAUGGCGCAAACACGGAUCAAAGAUAUUCAACAAUUUCUAGAUUCAUGGGACCUUCCACAGGUAUGAACAUGACUGGAAUGGGGACCCUAACAGGCAUGGGGGACGCCUCCAAGUCCAUGCCACCCCUGCACGCAGCGCCCAGGAGGAAACGACGGGUACUCUUCUCCCAGGCUCAGGUGUAUGAGCUAGAGAGGAGAUUCAAACAACAGAAAUACCUCUCAGCGCCAGAGCGGGAACACCUGGCCAGUAUGAUCCAUUUGACCCCGACCCAGGUCAAGAUCUGGUUCCAGAACCACAGGUACAAGAUGAAGCGACAGGCCAAGGACAAAGCGGCGCAGCAGCUGCAGCAGGACAGCAGCCUGUGUCAGCAACAACAGUCGCCGAGGCGCGUGGCAGUGCCUGUUCUGGUGAAGGACGGUAAACCAUGUCAGAACGGCUCCAACACACCAACCCCAAACCAGCAGCAGGUACAGCAGCAACAACAACAGCAACAGCAACAACAGCAGCAGCAGCAGCAACAGAACGGUUCUGGGGUCGUGCUCCCCGCUUCCAGUAAUGCCAUCAAUCAACACCAAAACCAUCAGGUCAACUCAUUAGUUCAGGCCCAAGACCUGGAGGAGAUGUCACCUAGCCCUCCUUCACUCCAUAGCCAGAUCAAUAUGGCGCAAAUAGACACUUCUGUUAUAGACUACACUAAUAACAUGGUCAGCUCCAACCUCCUCUACGGCAGAACUUGGUAGGACCUACUGUCAUUUACAAUUUUUAUAUGUUAACCCGCGGACGAGACCAAGAGAAAACGAGACAUAUCAUGUUGAUAUACAUAACUGUGCGAAAAUGGAGCCCUUGGUGUCUGAGAGGACAACGCGCUCAGGCGCACCAGCUGGUCAGGGCACAUUUUCUUGACAUUUCUGAAGAGGAAGACUAUUUUUGAACAUUAAACGAAAUUGCUACCCUUGAAAUAGAUUGUGUCGUUUCUGUACCUUUUCUAAUCAAUGUGAUGGACUUCCUCAUGAUGUUAACGUUGUCUAUGUUGUUGAACGGGAAUGCUGCUCCACAUUAAGGGGACUGUAGGGAAAAGUGAGAUAGUUGGGAUCAGGUAUGAACUCUCUCAAGGUACUAAACCACCACUUCUUUGCAGUGAUAACCUGGUAUUUGAUGCUAUUAAUAUUGUAAACUAAUGUAUUAAUUUAGACUUAAAGAAAGUAGGAACUGUAUAUUUGGCUAACACACGAGAAUGCGUUUACCUGUAUGCUUGUUUUAAGUCGACUUUUUUGUUAUCUUUCUUCUUUUGUCAAAACGAACAAAUGCGUGAUGGCUGCUGUACAUGUUUCAAACCAAUUGAACGUUAACAAUAAAUCACUUGAAGUGCGAGCUA